AUGUCUCAUUAUUCACAAGAAAAAGUUAUUUCAGAAGAUGAAUAUUAUGAUGCUUUAUAUCGAAUGCAAAACAUUCCAUCCAAAAUUACAGGAAAGAAACGACAAAAUCUUCGACAAAAACUCAAAAAACAAAUCAAAGAAUACGAAUACAACAUCAAGUACACUGGUUUUACUCCUCUUCCGUAUAUAACAUAUCAUGUAAACAGAACAACACCGGAAUCAAUUUUGCAGCAGCUUAUACAAGCAUCAACAGCUUCAAUAGAAUUUACAUUAGAUACUGAAUCAAUGAAGGUAUACAAAGCACAAAAUCGUCCAUCAUUAAUUCAAAUCCAGGUACUUUUGCGACAUGAUUUAUCAUUAGUAAUCAUCUUCGAGAUGAUGCAUCUACCUCCUCGUUAUUCAACAAAAUUUUCAUUAAUUGAACAAUUAUUCGCAAUUAUAUUUUCACAUGAAAAAUUAUUAUACAUUUGGGGUACAACAGAAGAAUUACUUCCAUUUACUUCAUUUAAUCUUUUUACAUGUACACAAAUUAGCUCGAUCCGGUCAAUUAAUUUACAAGAUGAAUUCAAAUCAUUCUGGCAAGCACAACACCCUCAUCGUGAUCGUACAAAUGAAACUCCUGAUCUUGCUGCAAUUGAAUGUAUAUGUGAACAAUGUAUUGGUAAACAAAGAUCUGAAUCGUGGUCUCUUCAAGAUGCCGUCGCUCGUUCAUUAAACGAAUAUUUAUCGAAAAUACUUACCGAAGAAGAAGAACAAUAUCGACAAGCACUUACCACGUAUGCAUUGUACGAUUGUCUGGCAAUACAAAGAAUCAUUAUCUUCUUGAAGAACAACAAUUUUCAAUUGGAACAAGCAGCUGCACCAUUUAUUGAAUCAAUAUUUAAUUUUUAUUCACCAACAAAUCCCAAUGAUGAUGAUGAUGAUGAUGGUGAUGAUAUUUUUACAUUCGAAGAACAAAAUACUUUACCAAAACGAAGUCAGAUAAAAUUAUCAAAUGAAAAUACUCGUACAACUGAACCACGUGCACCACUUAUUCCAUUCGUCGAAGAAAAUCAUGAACAAACAAUUGAAGAUCAAAUAAAUACACAAAAUUUAGAACAUGAAGUUCCAUUAAUUGAUUUGAACAGAUACCCGGCAAAACGGGAAUCGAAACUAUACACAACAGAAGCUGCACCCGGAAACAAAGUCUUCGAUAUUAUCAAAAUGAAAUUAUAUUUAACAUCAUCGAUCGAAGAUUUACAAUAUCACAAAAUUAAAACAAUUCUUAAAAGAAACAAUAUCCCGAUCAACAAUGUUAAACCAGUUAGAGAUCGUCGACAAAAAACCACCACCUUAAAUGUUGCUGUACGUGAACCAAACAACAUCCCCGAAUAUGAAAUAAUCACAAGAAACUAUUUCACAUCACAACAUCACGAAGAAUUACAACAACGUGGUGAAUUACCUCGAAGACAUCGAAAUCACCAUUAUCGUCAAUAA